UCAAGCUGUGGGCUAGAGCGCACUUGCCAAUACCAGAGUGGGCACAUAUACGGCAACCUUUUUUGUGGCAAACCAUCUGUAGAGUUCAAAAUGCGAUCGAAACCGAUUUAACUUGUAUUUUUUAUUCGGUACAUGGGAAUGUAACCACAAAAAAGCCUUUUAUCUGGAACAAGUCAAUUUGAAGGACACAUACCUAUGGUGAAAAAAUGCGCAUAUUGUUUUUAUGCGCAUUUUAGAAUAUUAGCAUGAAAAUCGUUUGCCAAUUGGAUGGAAACUUACAAACACCUGUUCUCUAUUGCGCACAAUAGUGCUGAACCCAGUGAAUGCUACUUGAUUUGUAGUCUUUAUGGUUUUGUGUCAUUGUGUAUAUGUGGGCCAUUGAUCAUGCCCACUGCAGGGGAGACCAAAACAACUGUGCCCUGCCAAGACUGUAAACAUCGUUUUAAAAAAAAAAUUAUACUCUAGUGCACACUGUUGUUCCAUGUCGCAAAGAGUGGGGCACAAAGACAGAGCAACUGCGUAAUUUCUCAUCACCCUAUGGCCCUAGCUGCGCUUUACAAUAAAUCAUUGCAGCUGAAGCCUGAAGGUUACCUAUUUAUGUAGUAAUUAUAUUACCUCAUGAUUGUUUUGUGUUUACUGGCUUUUGGAAGACUCUGGGUUGUAGAGGAUGUGCAAGCGCAGCCCCUUUGAUAACGAAUAGGUUUAAGCUGCAUCCCCCCGGCAGUGCAGCUUCUGGUUGGAGGAGCGCAACCUCGGCGAAAUCAGCCCUUGCAGAACCCCGCUGGAGCGUAGCCCGCCACGCACGGUACAAGCACACAACUCAGCAACCAGGUAUAGAGGAAUCGGUGCAUUCACAUCAUACUUGUUGAUCCGUUCCGUAAGGGAAGAGCAGGACACUGGUUCGACCUGAGAUUUUACAGCGCGUGUAACCCCAUUUUAAACAUGUCUGUUGCGGGGAUGAUGUCUCUAUAAACAGCCUCCAAUAGACAGGCGGUGAGCGGAGCAACAAUUCAGCGCACUGUUUUUUUAAGAUGUUGAAAUGUUUCUUCUUACACUCUCAGGCUAAAAGUAACAUAUCCACAGGAAUGGGGGAGAACAGACCCUAAUGUAGGAUCGUGUCUUCUGGACCUGUCUGACACUAUAGUUUUGGACAUUAUUCAAUUUCAAGUGGCCGAACGUCUUGAAUGAGAAUGAAUAAAGGGGUCUCUCGGUCGACCACAUCGAUUCCACCGGAGCCGGUGGAAAUCAUCCGUAGCAAGUCGCACUCCCGUCGGGUGACACUCAAUGUUGGUGGUCUUCUCCACGAAGUUCUAUGGAGAACACUGGACAGGUUACCCCGAACAAGGCUGGGCAAACUACGAGACUGUAACACCCACGAGUCUCUCAUGGAGAUAUGCGAUGACUACAGUUUGGAUGAUAAUGAGUAUUUUUUCGACAGACACCCUGGGGCUUUCACGUCCAUUCUGAAUUUCUCCCGCACGGGAAAGUUGCACAUGAUGGAGGAGAUGUGUGCUCUGUCGUUCAGUCAGGAGCUGGACUACUGGGGUAUAGAUGAGAUCUACCUGGAGUCCUGUUGCCAGGCCAGGUACCACCAGAAGAAGGAACAGAUGAACGAGGAGCUCAAACGAGAGGCUGAGUCUAUGAAGACCAGGGAAGGCGAGGAUUUUGAUACCACAUGUUGUUCUGAGAAGCAAAAAAAACUUUGGGAUCUCAUGGAGAAGCCUAGUUCAUCGUUAGCUGCUAAGGUCCUGGCCAUCAUCUCCAUCCUCUUUAUCGUGCUGUCAACUAUUGCCUUGUCUCUGAACACCCUCCCGGAGCUGCAGGACAAAGACGAGUUUGGCCAGGUGACAGACAACCCUCAGCUGGCUCACGUGGAGGCGGUGUGCAUCGCCUGGUUCACAAUGGAGUAUUUGCUCCGCUUCAUCUCCUCGCCAAGCAAGUGGAAGUUCUUCAAGGGUCCGCUGAACAUCAUUGACCUGCUGGCCAUCCUGCCCUACUACGUCACCAUCUUCCUGACUGAGUCCAAUAAGAGUGUUCUACAGUUCCAGAACGUCCGGAGGGUGGUGCAGAUCUUCCGAAUAAUGCGUAUUCUGCGUAUUCUGAAGCUAGCCAGGCAUUCCACAGGGCUCCAGUCUCUGGGCUUCACCCUGAGGAGGAGUUACAAUGAGCUGGGCCUGCUCAUCCUCUUCUUGGCCAUGGGCAUCAUGAUCUUCUCCAGUCUCGUCUUCUUCGCUGAGAAGGACGAAGAGGACACUAAGUUUAAAAGCAUCCCUGCCUCCUUCUGGUGGGCCACCAUUACUAUGACUACGGUGGGAUAUGGCGACAUAUACCCAAAGACUUUAUUGGGCAAGAUUAUUGGGGGUCUGUGCUGCAUAGCUGGAGUGUUGGUGAUAGCCUUGCCCAUCCCUAUCAUCGUCAACAACUUCUCAGAGUUCUACAAGGAGCAGAAGAGGCAGGAAAAGGCCAUCAAGAGGCGGGAGGCCCUGGAGAAAGCCAAGAGAAACGGCAGCAUCGUUUCCAUGAACAUGAAGGAGGCGUUCGCACGCAGCGUCGAGCUCAUGGACGUAGUAGUAGAAAAUAAUGGAGAGAACAUGGGGAAGUUGCAGGGCAACCACCUGUCUCCCAGCUACAGGAAAGGGACUCCCAAGCGGACUACCUCAGAGACGGGUUCCGCCAAGUCUCUGGAGCCCAGCUCACCAGACAAAGCCCUUCCUGGAAGCCCUCAGCACCUCAACGCUCAGAAACUGGAGGAGAUGUACAACAAGAUGGCCAAGACCCAAUCUCAACCUAACCUUAACAACAAGGACAAGGCACCUUUAUCUAAAGCAGCCAAGAAGAGAGAUGAGAUAGAGAUGGGAAGCAUCCCUAUGGAGCCUGCCCCAACCACAGACAUGAGGAGCAUGUCCAGUAUUGACAGCUUCAUGAGCUGCGCUGCCGACUUCACCGAAAGCGCCCGCUGCUCCCACAGCCCCAGCACCAGUGUACCAGGGAGGGUUAGCGCCAACCCCAUGCUUGAAAUCACCCUGGAGGAUGAGGCCAUGGACGGCCCUCACACUGCUACCAAGCUCCUUGGAGGACGAGGCUCCAAGUGCGGCCUCCCUGACAGCCCCCGUGGCCUGCGCUUCAGUAACCCUCUCAAGAACCGCUCACUCAAGGUCAACUUCAAAGGUGGCGGCGCAGGCCCCUCCUUCUCCUUCUCAGCACAGGGUCCAGGGGGUGGGGCCCUCUCAGAUAGCUCUGCCCUCUCUGACCACUCCUUCAUGAGUCCUGAGGUGUCUGUCUACACCACCGCCAGCAGCAGGACCCCACCCCAUGAGACCCUGAUCCCCACAAUCUUCACAUUCCACGACGCUUCCAUUAGUAAGUUCAUUGAUGCUGACACAGACGAGGAGGAGCACCUCCAUGACGGCUCAGGCACCAACCCCUCCCAGAGGCUCCUUGGAAAAGCCAGCCCCAAGCUCAGGUCCCAUAGCAGCCACCACAUUGCAGCCAACCACCUGGAGGGCUCCCAGAGGAUGCUGGCUAAUAGUGUGUUCCCCUUGGAGGGCAGGCCAGGGGGGGGACAGGAGAACCAUGUGCUCUCCCGGGGAGAGAGCAGUUGUUCAAACACCAAUAAUGGGAGCAAGUGAGGCAGGAGGAGGGAAAAGGUAGUAUGGAGAGCACCCAAACAGGAGGACAUGGUACAAAUACUACAGAUAAAUAAAAGAAAACAUGAACUCUAACCCAUACCAGGAGCUGCACCUCUACUCACUUGAGUAAAAGGCACUGAAAACACAUUUGGUGUUUUUUUUUUAUUUGUAACAAAUGCCCAAUAAGUAGAACUUUUGGGACACAGGAGGGAGCUCACUCUUCCUUCCUUUUCCUGCUACUUGAGUGCAUAGACCGUCAGGAUGGCAGCAAAAUUACUGAAGGCAUUGGGGGAUGCUACUGUGGGACUGAGAAAGAGAGGGUGCAUUGCUGUAUCCAAAGGGGAUACACAUAACUCUGCAGAAUCAGGUCACGCACAGUAGAUUUAGCCAUUACUGAAUCAACAUUGUGUUAAGAGAAAUUUAGUUUGUUUUCUUCCUCAAAACUGGCCUUAGUUAUAUGUGACUGUGUGUAUGCAUAGCAUGUGUGCGUGUGCUUGUAUGUCUGUGAGUGUAUGUUUAUGCAUGAUGAUAGGCAGAUAAACAUACACAUACACACACAAGCAUACAUCAUUUGAUGUAUAUUAUUUUUCCGUUCUUUUCUAAAAAAGUAAAUAGCAUAAUUUCUUUGGUUUGUUAUUUUGUAAUGCUGUCUAAGAGGUGAACUUUCAUCCCUGUUUCACAACAGUUUGGGUCAGCCAUUACAGAGGACACAGCCACUGGCAUAUCCUGUCUGUUUCCUCAUUCCCAUCAUGCCCCAUUCCUGGCAUGAGAAAGUGAAUAUUGUGAUGAGUGAUAAAUAUUUUUAAUUCUG